UGUGGCUCUCAGCAUCACGGCAGCAGCUUUCCGCUCAGUUUGGAGUUACUCAGUCCUCCCUGUAUGACUGCUUAAGUGCGCUCACGACCAGGGCUCAGCGGCACAAGGAGUCUGCAUGUCUGCUUAGACAUGCUCAGCUUUGUGGAUACCCGGAUUCUGUUGCUGCUCGCAGUAACUUCAUAUCUAGCGACAUGUCAGUCAGGACUCAGAGGAGAGAAAGGACCUCGAGGUGACCGGGGUCCCCGUGGCCCUGAUGGAAAAGAUGGAAAGCCUGGCCUGCCCGGACCCCCAGGCCCCCCUGGACCCCCUGGACUUGGAGGCGGAAACUUUGCUGCUCAGUAUGAUGGUGCGAAGGCUCCUGACCCUGGCCCUGGACCCAUGGGCAUGAUGGGCUCCCGAGGACCCCCUGGCCCCCCUGGACCCCCUGGACCUCAAGGACACACCGGACACCCUGGUGAGCCUGGAGAACCUGGUCAAGCUGGACCUGUUGGCCCCCGAGGACCCCCUGGACCCCCUGGCAAAUCUGGUGAAGAUGGUAACAAUGGCAGACCCGGAAAGCCUGGAGACAGAGGAACCCCGGGUGCUCAGGGCGCUCGUGGAUUCCCUGGAACCCCUGGACUCCCCGGAAUGAAAGGACACAGAGGCUACAAUGGUUUGGACGGGCGUAAAGGAGAGCCUGGUGCUGCUGGAGCUAAGGGAGAGACUGGAUCUGCAGGAGCACCUGGUAGUCCCGGCCUGGCUGGCCCCCGAGGUCUGCCUGGAGAGAGAGGUCGUGCUGGCCCCGCGGGACCCGCUGGCGCUCGUGGUGCUGAUGGUAACGUUGGACCCGCUGGCCCAGCUGGCCCUGUUGGUGCUGCUGGACCCCCUGGGUUUCCCGGUGGUCCCGGUCCUAAGGGAGAGAUCGGAGGUGCUGGAGCUACUGGCCCAUCUGGACCUCAGGGAGCUAGAGGAGAGCCUGGUCCCAACGGCGCUGUUGGCCCCGUCGGCCCUCCUGGAAACCCUGGUGCUAAUGGCCUGAACGGAGCAAAAGGAGCUGCUGGACCCGCAGGUGUGGCUGGAGCUCCUGGUUUCCCUGGACCAAGAGGAGGUCCCGGACCCCAGGGAGCUCAGGGCCCCGCUGGCCCCAGAGGACUGCCUGGAGACCCUGGAAUCCAAGGCGUGAAGGGAGACUCCGGUCCCAAAGGGGAGCCUGGAAACUCUGGACCUCAGGGACCCCCUGGAUCGCAGGGAGAGGAGGGAAAGAGAGGACCCACUGGUGAGCUUGGAGCUACUGGUCCCGCCGGUCUUCGUGGAGCCAGAGGCGCUCCCGGUGGUCGCGGUCUGCCUGGUGCUGACGGAAGAGGUGGACCCAUUGGCAUGCCUGGGGCCCGUGGAGCCACUGGAUCUGCUGGCCCCCGUGGACCCCCCGGAGAUGCUGGUCGUGCUGGAGAGCCUGGUCCCGCUGGUCUCAGGGGACUUCCAGGAAGCCCCGGUAGCUCUGGACCCCCUGGCAAGGAGGGCCCCUCUGGUCCUGCAGGACAAGAUGGCCGCUCUGGUCCUCCUGGACCCACUGGACCCAGAGGACAGCCCGGAAACAUUGGCUUCCCCGGACCUAAGGGACCUUCUGGAGAGCCUGGGAAACCUGGAGACAAGGGAUCCACCGGCCCCACUGGCCUGAGGGGCCCCCCUGGACCUGAUGGAAACAACGGAGCCUCUGGCCCCAUGGGCCCUGCAGGUGGACCAGGUGAGAAGGGAGAGCAAGGACCCUCAGGAGCUCCCGGCUUCCAGGGUCUGCCCGGACCUGCAGGGUCAGCUGGAGAGGCUGGCAAACCCGGAGACAGAGGAAUCCCAGGAGAGCAGGGAGCCUCAGGACCUGCUGGUGGUAAGGGAGAGCGAGGAAACCCUGGAGCUGCUGGUUCUGUUGGAGCUCAGGGGGCUAUUGGACCCCGUGGACCUGCCGGAGCCCCUGGUUCUGAUGGUGCUAAGGGAGAGCCUGGCCUCACCGGAGCUGUCGGAGCCCCCGGGCACCAGGGCCCCAGCGGCAUGCCCGGAGAACGAGGAGCAGCUGGUGCACCUGGCGGCAAAGGAGAGAAGGGAGAGGCUGGCCACAGAGGACCCGAUGGAAACGCCGGCAGAGACGGAGCUCGCGGUCUGCCUGGACCAGCUGGACCCCCUGGACCUACCGGAGCCAAUGGUGAUAAGGGAGAAGCAGGAUCUUUUGGACCUGCUGGACCCGCUGGACCCCGCGGAUCCUCUGGAGAGCGAGGAGAGGUGGGACCAGCCGGAGCACCUGGUUUUGCUGGACCCCCUGGAGCAGAUGGUCAGCCUGGAGCCCGUGGAGAGAAGGGACCCGCUGGAGGAAAGGGAGAGUCAGGACCCUCCGGACCUGCCGGACCUGCCGGACAAUCUGGACCUCCUGGCGCUGCUGGUGCCCCUGGACCCGCUGGUGCUCGUGGAGAGACAGGCCCUAAUGGCCUGACUGGAUUCCCUGGCGCUGCUGGCCGAGUGGGAGCUCCUGGCCCUGCUGGUAUUGUUGGCCCCCCUGGCCCAGCUGGUCCCGCUGGAAAGGAUGGUCCUCGUGGAGCUCGUGGUGAUGUCGGCCCUGCAGGUCCCUCUGGAGAGCCUGGUAUGAUCGGUCCUCAAGGCCCAUCUGGAGAGAAGGGACCAUCUGGAGAGCCUGGCCCUGCUGGUUCUCCUGGUGCUCCUGGAGCCUCUGGACCUCUGGGACUGCAGGGAUUUGUGGGUCUGCCUGGUGCUAGAGGAGACCGUGGUUCCCCUGGUGCUGCUGGAGGAUUGGGUGAGCCUGGCAGAGUAGGCCCUGCUGGUCCCCCUGGAGCCCGUGGACCCCCUGGAAACAUCGGCCUUCCUGGUAUGACUGGACCUCAGGGAGAAGCUGGCCGUGAGGGUAACCCUGGAAAUGAUGGACCCCCUGGACGCCCCGGUGCCGCUGGAUUCAAGGGAGAUCGUGGUGAGCCCGGUUCCCCUGGACCCUCAGGUCUGGCCGGAGCCCCUGGACCCGCUGGACCCACUGGAGCUGCUGGUCGCCCUGGAAACCGUGGAGAGUCUGGUGCUGCUGGACCUGCCGGACCUGUCGGGCCUGCUGGAGCCAGAGGUGCUGCUGGACCUGCGGGUGUCAGAGGAGAGAAGGGUGUGGCCGGAGACAAGGGAGAGAGAGGCAUGAAGGGUCUACGUGGACAUCCUGGUCUUCAGGGCAUGCCCGGACCUUCUGGACCCGCUGGUGACACUGGACCCGCUGGACCCUCAGGACCUGCUGGUCCCAGAGGCCCCUCUGGACCUCAUGGUCCCUCUGGUAAAGACGGCAGAGCUGGACAGGCUGGUGCUGUGGGUGCUCCUGGUGCUCGUGGACCUCCUGGAUACGUUGGACCUGCUGGCCCUCCUGGAUCUCCUGGUCUGCCUGGACCCCCGGGCCCCGCUGGUGGUGGAUAUGAUGUCUCUGGAUAUGAUGAAUACAGAGCUGACCAGCCCGCUCUGAGGGCUAAGGACUACGAAGUGGACGCCACCAUCAAGUCCCUAAACACCCAGAUUGACAACCUGCUGACCCCAGAGGGCUCCAGGAAGAACCCUGCCCGCACCUGCCGAGACAUCCACCUCAGCCACCCCGACUGGAGCAGUGGCUUCUACUGGAUCGACCCCAACCAGGGCUGCAUCAACGACGCCAUCCGAGUCUUCUGCAACUUUGACACCCGCGAGACCUGCAUCCAUGCCCACCCAGAGAGCAUCGCCCGCAAGAACUGGUACCGCAGCACCCAGCCUCAGAAGCAUGUGUGGUUCGGAGAGACCAUAAACGGAGGCACCGAGUUCACCUACAAUGAUGAGACCCUGAGCCCCCAGAGCAUGGCCACCCAACUGGCCUUCAUGAGGCUGUUGUCCAACCAGGCCAGCCAGAACAUCACGUACCACUGCCGCAACAGCGUAGCUUACCUGCAUGGAGACAGCGGCAGCCUGAGGAAGGCCCUGGUGCUGCAGGGCUCCAACGAUGUGGAGCUCCGUGCUGAGGGCAACAGCCGAUUCACCUACUCUGUGCUGGAGGAUGGCUGCACUAGACACACUGAUGAAUGGAGCAAGACAGUGAUCGAGUACAGAACGAACAAACCCUCUCGCCUACCCAUCCUCGACGUUGCACCUUUGGACAUUGGUGGCGCUGACCAAGAGUUUGGUCUGGACAUUGGCCCAGUCUGUUUCAAAUAAAUAGACUCAUAAUAAAUUAACAACACCAAAAGAGAGAAAGACCACAAUGCCCCUUCUGUCUGUUGUUUUGUACCUGACCCUUCCACCUGCUUAAGAGAGCCCCCAUCGGAGAGGACUUACGGGACUGAGCGCAGCGUCUGUGCAAUGCAAACUAAUACAGCCCAACCGAGAGACGCAGGGAAACAGCUUGUUCUGGGACGCCAUGUCAUCCUUUUGUACAAAAAUAAAAGUGUAAUAAAAAGAAAGCAUUAUUCUGUGGUCUUUGUGUGUCUUCAAAAGAGGAGUCAUGAGAGCGGUUCUAACUACCUCAGCCUUGCCCGUAGACACCAGUGUGGCCAGAGAGGUGCGUGUUGGUGGGGCAAAGUGCUUGGAGAGUCUGGGAGGUGCUCACAUCUCUGGUGCUAAUACUCUGGGACUGUAUUACGGUGUGUUGUUGGCGUUCACCUCCUGAUGGGGGGGUGCUCUUCAGCAGGUGGAACUCAACCCAAACUCUCUGACUUUUGUUUUGUUUUGAAGGUUGUUGUGUUUCCAUUUGUUUGUUCUCAAAUCUUUUCUUCAUCAAAUCCCACAACAAGUUUAAUUCUAAAUGGUUUUAUCGGCUGCACUCUCUCUCAAAUGACAAAGACUAUUGUACCUAUUUUGUAUAUGUGAGAUGUUUAAAUAAAUUGUGAAAAGUUUCUGAAUAAAGCAUGUCCAAUGUUCCAACCCCACCACUCAGCAGUGUAAGUGCUGUGAUGUUGAGAAAGCACAUAUCUGAUGUGGAAGAUCCACUCACUUCAAAUGGACAUUAGAUUUGGUCUAAACUUGUACAGUCCAUCUGUGUUUACACUGUAUGAUGUGUGACCCCACUAUUUCUGUAAAUAUCUCUUCUAUCUCGUCUGGGAGAUUAUGGCUUCUACUUACAAAUAAAAGUCUGUGCUUUGGA